AUGGCAAAAUCCAAGACCAAGCAGCCAUCGCUGCACUCCCGCGCCGCUCGCCGCGCCGAGGAGCCCGUUGACAAGUCGCUUCAGACCCUCACAGACGCCUCAGCGCUCCCCAAGCCGAAAUCCAAGCUUGCUGCCUCAGCACUCGCCGCCCACGAUGCCGGCAUCUCGAAGAAGCAGAAGCAAAAGCGCCUGACCCACCAGCAGCGCGUGCGCCAAGAGCGAGCCAUGGAGAGGGCCGACGCCAAUUACGACAAGCAUGAAAGGAAGGUCGAGGAGAGCAAGAGGAGGGGUCGCAAGGUCCAAGAAAGGAGAAAGGAGUGGGAGGCUCUGAACGGUGAUGCCAAGGUUAAGAAUGUCUUUGCCUCUUUGCAGGACAACCGGGAGGACGAUGUGAGCAUGGAACCCGCGCCGAAAGGAUCUGAGAGCCUGGCUAGCGUCAAUGCCGAAACCAUCGCGGCUGUUGGCCGGAAGCCUGCGAGCCCCUUCAGCUCCGUGCACCAGGACGGCGGGGAAGCUGCAGACGAAGAUCUCGAUGUGGCGGAGUGA